ACUUUUAAAACAGAUUGUACACAUUUAUAUUUGCUUGUAAUUAUAAAUAUUCUAUUUCCGUUUUCAAGUAUUAUUCACAGGUAGAGCCACACAUUUUGCGACAGUGCUGCUCACAUUGCGGCGACUAAUUUACGACAACGUCUCCGUUAACGGCUCACGUGUGUACACGCUGCUCCAUUCUGUCUAUGUGUACUCCAACAUGGCUGAAGUCUCUCAGAAGAAAGUGAGUAAAACGGCUCUCAAGAAGAGUUACGAGGUAACAGAUAUGAUCGCAGCGGUGAGGCCAGAUGUGUUCUCCGACGACGACGAUGAUUUAAAUAUAGCAGAUGAAAUGAGCAGUGAGGAGGACUGCGAGGAUGAACGAAAACGGCGAAAGCUGCUGGAAGCCAUCAGCGCUCUCGGUGGGAAGAGGAAGAAAAAGCUGGGGGAGAGAUCCGAGGCGUCCGUCCAGAUGUCUGAGUUUACCGUCAAGGCGGACGGGGAAGGCGACAAAAUCGACCUGUCGGACCUCAUCGGGACCAUGGGAAAAACCUCCGCUGUCCCAGCCAAGACCAAAAAGCAGCUGAAGAACCUGCAGCGAGGUAAAAAGACAAUUGAGUGCCCUCUAAGCAAGCAGGAGAGUCAGAGGAUCCAGAGAGAUGUAGCAUUUCAGAAGGCAGCCACAGAGGUGACCCGGUGGAAAAGCAUCAUCAAACAGAACCAGAGGGCUGAGCAGCUGGUCUUCCCCCUGAACCAGGAGCCCACUGGCCCUAAACCCAUGGAGAGGGUGGUGAGCAGCUGGAAGGCACAAACUCCACUGGAGCAGGAGAUCUUCGCAGUCCUGUCUGCCAACAAGCAGCCCAUCAACGACCCCAUCUUGACCCCUGUCGAGGAGGCUUCAAUGAGGGCGAUGAGCCUGGAGGAGGCCAAGAUCCGACGCGCAGAACUGCAGAAAGCCCGUGCUCUGCAGUCCUACUACGAGUCCAAGGCCCGGAGAGAGAGGAAGAUUAAGAGCAAGAAAUACCAUAAAGUGCAGAACAAGGCGAAUCGUAAAGAGUUCCUGAAGCAGUUCGAUGAGAUGUUGAAAACGGACCCGGCCGCUGCCUUAGAGGAGCUGAACAAGAUAGAGCUGGCCAGGAUGCAGGAGAGGAUGUCACUGAAGCACCAGAACAGUGGCAAGUGGGCCAAGUCGAAGGCGAUCAUGGCCAAAUACGAUGAUGGGGCUCGCAAAGCCAUGCAGCAGCAACUAGAGGUAAACAAAGAGCUGACCCAGAAACUAGUGAACUCGCUGAAUAACAAGGAAGAGGAGGCGGAGGAGGCGGGAGGCGACGCAGAGCUGCUGCCUGAUCUUGUAAAUGAUGCAGAGCAAGGACUGGAUUCCUUAAAUCCCUGGAUGAGCGGGAAGCUCUCUGAAGAACCCACAGAAAAAGAGAUAACUGACACUGUAGAUCUCACAGCAGAGGAGCCUGGAAAUACAAUUGAAGAAGAGGAUGAGGUUAAGGAAACAGAAGAGGAAGUGCUCCUCAGAGAGUUUGACAGCAGGAGGAAACUGCGUCAGGCUCAGGAGAUUUUUGCAGCACCGUUAAUAUCUGUGGACGAUGAGGAGAAUCCAGCUGCUGCAGCAGAGGACCCAGAAGAGGAAGAAGAGCUCACAGUGUUCACAAGCCUAUUCCCCGGAAGAGCAGACAUCCGUCAGGAGGCUGAGGCAACUGCAGACGCUGCAGCUCAGCUCGAGGAAGAUCUGAUCAGGAUCAGGACUCUGGACGACAUGGAGUUUCUCAGUCAGUUAACCAGUGUUGAAGCAAAUGCUCCUUCCACAGACGCAGAACAGCUGCCUUCUGCUCCUCAAACGGCAGGCAAGAACAGAAAACGGAAGAGAGGGAUCGAGCUGAAGGAAGUUCUCACCAAAAGGACAAAAGUCAUUAAAGUCCCACUCACUCCAACCAUGGAGGACACUGAGGACUCUGAAAAACUGGACCAGAGGGGGCUCAUUAAAGAGGCCUUUGCUGGAGACGACGUCAUCUCCGACUUCCUUCAGGACAAGAGGAAGCAAGAGGACGCAGGGAUGCCUAAAGUGGUGGACCUGACGCUGCCUGGGUGGGGUGAGUGGGGAGGGACGAACCUCAAGCCGUCCCGCAGCAAACGCAGGAGGUUCAAGAUCAAGACGGCACCGCCUCCACCCAGGAAAGAUCAACACCUGCCCAGCGUCAUCAUGUCAGAGAAGAGAAACGGCUCCAUCAGUCUCCACCAGGUGAGCUCGCUGCCCUUUCCCUUCCAGAACCAUGCACAGUUUGAGAGUACCAUUCGCUCUCCGCUGGGCCGCACCUGGAACACAGAGCGGACUGUUAAAAAGAUCAUCAAGCCCAAGGUGGUCACCCAGCUGGGCGCCAUCAUCGAGCCCAUGGCCCGGGAGGAGCUGCUGAAGGACAAGAAGCAGGUGUCUACUGGGAAUAACAGUGUUGUGGACUCGUGGAAAAGAAAACAUUAAGUAUUAAAUGAAAGACAAGGAUUGUCCUCUGCUCAGCCGCUCUGUAGACACUCAUCUUUGAUCAGUUUCAGUUUGCUUUAAUCCAUGUUGUGAGAUAAUGUCAGCAUUUAAAUAGCUAACAUUAUGUUGACUGCUUUUCUGGAGCCUUUCAUGUUGUAUAUUUGAGAUUACGGUAUGUUUAAUCCAAUAUAUAAAGUGAACUAUGUAGUGAAGACCAUUUGAAAUAAAAUCUCUAAAAAUAAAAUGGAGUUAAAGAUA